AUGGGAGGAGGAGAGACCAUACCAAUGAACAAAAAGGUUCUCUCAUCUGAGCCGGGUCAGAAUAUCUUCCUCCAUGCGGUGGUCGAUCUAGGCAGCAAUGGUAUCCGUUGCUCGAUUUCCGACCUUUCACCCCCUAGCACCCGAGUCCUACCUACAGCUCACUUCCAUCGUAUCAAUAUCUCUCUCUACGAAGCCCAAUUGGACCCGAACACAGGCAUCCGGAUUCCCAUACCUAGGCAUGUCAUCGAUCGAGUAGUCAGUGCCAUAGUUCGCUUCCAGAUCGUCUGUGUCGAGAUUGGAGUACCUCAGCAGAACAUACGAAUAAUUGCAACUGAAGCAACCCGAACUGCGAUCAAUUCCUCCGAGUUCAUUGAAGCCAUCUUCCAUGAGACGGGAAUCUCAGUCCAGGCGCUACGGAAGGAGGAAGAAGGUGUCAUUGGCGCAUGGGGAAUUGCCAGCAGCUUUUCAGAUGUGGAGGGUCUUGCACUCGAUCUGGGUGGUGGGAGCAUGCAGAUGACAUGGAUCACAUCGCAUGCCGGCAAUGUCCACAUGAGCCCACAGGGAUCAGUCAGUUUCCCCUAUGGGGCAGCAGCACUAACCCAGAAACUGGCGGACUUGAAACGAGACAAGAGCAAAGAGGAGGCCCACAAAGCUCGGGAGCUGUUUCGCAAAGAGAUGGCGGAUAACUUCCGCGCUGCCUUUGACAAGAUUGAGGUUCCCGAGCAUCUGGUGAAGAAGGCCCGGGAGCAAGGUGGAUUCCCUCUCUAUCUUUCCGGAGGCGGAUUUCGGGGAUGGGGUUACCUGCUGCUGUACCUCCAUCAGACGAAGAAGCGCAACUACCCUAUCUCCAUCAUCAAUGGAUACACGGCACCCAAGAAGGACUUUGAGGACACCGAGGCCCUCAAGGAGGUUGCUCGGACCGCCCACGAGAUCUUCCGCGUGUCUGAUCGGCGACGCAAGCAGGUGCCCUCGGUGGCGUUCUUAGUGAACACACUAGCCGAGUCAUUACCACAUGGGAUCAAGGAGGCCCAUUUCUGCCAGGGCGGCGUGCGUGAGGGCGUGCUGUUCAGAGAGAUGCUUCCGGUUGUGCGGCAGCAGGACCCUUUGGAGGUGGCCACGGCCCGAUAUGCGCCUCCAUCGGCUCAGGCCCUCGCGGCGUUAAUCCUAGCCGCUCUUCCCCGACCGUCUGCCACCCGAUCUUUCCCCUCGUCGAUUAGUCUGCACCUGGUGCAGGCCUUUGUCAAUGCCCUUUAUUACCACUCCACCAUGUCCAAGGAAUUGUCCUCUAGCGCAGCCAUGUUUAGCACCAGCACGGGCAUUUUGGCCUCCACUCACGGCAUCCCCCACUCCCACCGGGCACUGCUUGCGCUAAUGCUCCAGGAGCGCUAUGGCGGAGAAUUACCACCCCGAGACAUGGGCUUCAAGACCCACCUGCAGGGCAUUCUCACCCCCGAGGAAGUGUGGUGGACACGUUAUCUUGGAAAGCUCGGACUCGUGCUCAGCCAACUUUACCCGACCGGAUCCAUCGAUACUUCGAAGCCUCGGAUCCUUCCGAGGGCUGAGUGGCGAACUGGACUUGGCAAGAAGGGCAAUAAAGAAGGCCUUGACUUAACCAUCUCCAUUCAAAGGGUGAUUUAUGACCCAACCAAUUUGAAAGAGGAGCUUGAACACGAUGUGAAGCGGAUUGAGAAGGUCGGUAAACGGAAAAAUUGGAUUGGCGGACGGGAUGGAUGGGGCAUUAAGGUGCGUGUCUUAGUGGUGGAGGAGGAUCUCAUAGCGUGA